ACCCCUAGCCUGCGGGUCCACUUGUGUCCCGUCGCAUUCCAACUGGUUCAUCCUCCUACCCACCCGCCACGCUCCCACGCACUCCACGCUCCUCCACUUCCGCUCGUUUCGCGCCGUUCUGCACCAUUCUGCUACGUCACCAGCAAGCUGCUUGCGCAGGUGUUAGUGAUUUCGGUUUGAGCCUUCUCGAAUCGAAGCUGCCAGCUCCCACACCUCUCCUCCCAUGCAUCGCGUGCGCCACUCGCGCUCGUCUCGUCUGCUGCGCCUCGUCGCCCUGCGCCAUGCCACCCCCCGCCUAGCCCGCCGGAGCGCCAGAUCAGGCCCGCCGCGACUGGCGGAGAUUGGACGGCGCUCGCACGGGAGAAUCUGCCGACGGGCCGGGAAAAGGUGUUUUCUGGCCGGCAGGUAGCUUCCACCGGCCGUUAGACAGAGCGUACCGAUCGGCUCACGACGGCCGCCACCAGUUCGUGAUAAGAUCCGAGCCGUUAAGUUCGAGCCGCAGCAGAGUUGGGGUCAGAUCCGAGCCGUUAGUUCGAGCCGCAGCAGAGUUGGGGUCAGAUCCGAGCCGUCGAUCUCUUCCAGGACUGCAUUCGUCGAUUUUUUCAAACGAGAUGUCUCUUAUAGGGUCGCGCGAUCUGGAUCGGCAUGUUCCGCCAGCUGUCAUACAGUCAGCCGUUGUGAUCUCCACGUAGGACGUUUCGCCGACGCACAGCCGGAGAUCCGUGGCCAGGCUGUCAGACAGCCAGGCGUUGUCACGCUGCCCGCCACGUCAUCAUCACCCGCCCAUCUGUACCGCUCUGCACCGCGUCAACCUCCUCUCCCUGGGCUCUCCUUCCCGCGCCUGUCGCCGCUCGUCCUCGAGCACCCACGUCCCUUCAGCACCAAGAUCGGCGGCAAUGACGGCGGCAGUGGCGGCGGUGGUAGCGGCGGCAACGGUGGUCGGCCAAUCAGGGAUGGUGCACAGACAGGGUCAGACGCAGGAUCGGACACGGAUUCGGACUCUGGCUCGGAUUUAGGCUCGGAUUUAGGUUCGGACGACGUGUCGGUGGGCGUGCUGGAGGGGGUGGUGGAGGAGGCGCGGCGGGCGUACGGUGAGAGGCACGAGCUGGUGGCGGGACUCAGGCUGCGGCUGGCGCAGGCGUACCUGGCGCAGGGCAGGGACGCGGGGGAGGUGCUACCUGUGGUGGAAAAGGCGUGGGAGGUGUUCAACGAUGUUGCCAUCGAGGGGGACCCAGUGCGAGCCAUGUGCCUUCAUCUCAUGGCCGCAUGCCAUGCAAGGCUCGGCGACCCAGAGGAGUGCCUCUCGCUCCUUGUACAGUGUGAGGCGGCGUUGGAAGCAGCCAAGAAGCUUCAGAGCCUUGCACGGGAGCAAGAACGGACUGGAAGGGCACAGGAGAUGGGGCCAGGGGGAGGGGCGAGUGGAGGUUUGGAGAGUGGAGGAUUGGAGAGUGGAAGAAAAGAGAAUGGGAGAAAAGAGGGUGUUGAUGGGGGAGAGGAGGAGGAAGCAGCAGCAAUAGCGGCACAAGGGGCGGCAGAUGCGAUUCAUAUGGUGGGGUUUGCCAUGCACAUGCUCAGAGCUGACGUCAGCAGUGCCACGGGGGACAUGGAAUCUGCAAUGAGGGCAUACAGGACCGCUCUACAGCUGCAGGAGGAGGCACUGGGUGCAGACGACCCACGAGUAGCAGACGCAUUGCAGCACGUGGGGGAGGAGUGUGCGCGGCACAUGCAGCUAGACGACGCCCAUGACAUGGCGACAAGAGCCCUGCAGCUGCAUGAGGCGCACAGGAGGAAGGUGGAGGAGAGGAUGGGAGGGGAGGAGGGGAGUGGGGGGAGGGGAGAGGUGGGGAGGGGAGAGGUGGGGGAGGGGAGAGUGGGGAGAGAGGAGGGAUGGAAGGGGAGGAGUUAAGGGAGAGAGUGAGGGAGGAGUUGGAGGGGAGGGGGAGGGAGGAGGUGAGGAGGGAAUAUGAGGAGGCUGUUAUGAAGGAGGUGGCAGACCACCGACUCCUAGCAGCAGUGUAUGCGGGUCGGGGCGACGCCUCUCCGGCCGUCCACCACCUGUCAGCAGCAGCCGCCCUUCUCUCUUCCCU